AUGUAUUCAAUCAGAGUUAAUGAAAUAUGCAAAUUCGUAUUUACCUUGGUCUUAUUGUUCGGAGCAAAAUUGAGCAAUGCACAAAGCGGAGUGAUAAAUUUACCGUUCUCUUAUGCUUGGUACUUGUGCAGCUCUGCUCCAAUAGACGCUUUAUCAUAUACCGCUGUCGUGGUUGGCUCGAGUGCCACGACAUCAAGUUUUGGUACAAUUCAAAAAGUCAAUACCUUAAAUUUAGCGCCGAAUGGUGGAAUAGUUGCAUUCGUGAUGAAUGUCACGGAGCUAGCCGUAUUCUUGAAUCCGGAGUCAACUGAUUUUUACAGUUACGGUAGCAUCUCAUGCAUGUCACCGGUGGCCGCGUGCUCGUUUCCAGUUUCCAAGGUCGCCACGGAAAAAUAUUGUAUCGCGGUGGAGAACAUAAAUCCAUACCCGAUUACAGUGUCAAUUUCUAUAAAUUGGGCAUUUGGAACGCCGUCAACACCGCAAACCUUACCUCUAAUUACUUAUACUAGCACCUAUGUUUCCACUAUAGUCGUGUCAACAACCAUAACGACAACAGGAAAUUGCACCAAGUCUCAUGGAGAGCGGAGUCCAGUGAACACAAUUAAUUUGAUAUAUCCCACCAUUCUGACAUUUUUGAGUUUUAUUUAUAUGUUCUGUCGCUAA